AUGUACACGUCCAUGUUGCGCUAAGCGUUUGGAACUUCAAAAACCAAAAUUUUCAAACACUCAACAAGUACUAUGAUGUUGUGCUAGCGCUUUGAGUCUUCCUGCCUCCUCGAUUUUAACGUCUCUAAAUGUCAGUUCUCUUUCCGCCGACCACGCAUCUUCCACCGAUCGCCAAGAUCGCGAGUUUCUCCAUCACCCAGCUUCUCGAUGCCUUGACUUAUUUACAGUCACUUUACUAUCCAGAAGUCCGUGGCUCGCAUCGCAAACGUGUGCAGGCGCCUGUAUUUAAUGGAGAGCAAAAUUCACGCCUUCCUCAUGAAGAUGAUAACGAACUCCAAGUUAUCCGAUCUGACGCAUUCGAGCGCUCAUAUUCCAUUCGGUGGCUCAUCGCUCUUAUCGCACAGCUCGAAGUCUGGCAAGACUUAUCGCAUUCUAGAGACGCCUCAUUAGAUGAUCUUGGGAAACUAGAGCCCAUCUUUACCCACACGGAGAUGAUCGUCCAACAAGCAGCGUCGCUACUCGCGAUUUGUGCUGGGGUCGCUGCUGCUGGAAUAUUCACUCGUAACUUUGUUUUUGGUUCUAUAGAUGGGCACAGGCGAGUGGAAGCUCAGCUGACGGAUAUUCCGCUGGACAAUGAUGACUAUGGAAGUGUGGGAGCGCAGACAUGGGGCGGGGCAUGUGUCUUGGCGGAAAUGAUUGUGGAAGAUCCCGAGCGGUUUGGACUGGAUUUUUCCUCUGAUGACCCUAAAUCACGCAGGCUUAACGUCCUCGAGCUUGGGGCAGGAACUGGGUUGGUUAGCUUAGUGGUUAUGAAAUUACUGGAUACGUUGCCGUCUUUCAACCAUCGCGAGGUUUCUGUGGUUGCGACCGAUUUCCAUCCUUCUGUGUUAGCCAACCUCAGGUCAAACGUUAACGCGAAUGUCCCCUCCAUGCACGAUCAAAUUACCUCGACCCAUUCCAUUAUUACUCAUUUCCUCGACUGGUCAUCAUUCUCUACUGCUCCUCGACCGGAUUGUCUUUCGUACCCAUUUGAUGUGGUCUUUGGUGCAGACAUCAUUUACGAAGCCCAACAUGCGGUCUGGAUCAGGGACUGUCUGAAAGGGCUUUUGCGGCGUCCUUCUGAUAGCAUCAGGUCUCCCGCCGCUUUUCAUCUUGUGAUACCACUUCGUCCAACACACACAUUCGAGUCAAGCACGGUUGAGUCCGUGUUCCUCAAGGCACCUGAUGUGGAUCCGAAUGAUGAUGCUGAUCUCGUCAUACUAUCGAAGGAAUCUAUCACAUGUGAUGCGCAUGGCGAUUAUACGCGAGGACAGGGUCUUGAUGAAGACGUAGAGUACCUUUAUUAUAAAAUUGGCUGGUCUAAUGCGCGAUUGUAGAACCGUAGAGUUUAAAUCACGUUCAUAUAUUAGAGUCUAGACCACGUCGAGCUUGCGUAGAGUU